ACCCCGCUCGGACCCCUCCUCUAGCGCGCCCGGCCGCCCCUGAGUCUGGCCCUGUGCAGCUCGCCUGCCUGCUCACCUUUACCUGCACGCGGUCCUGACCGCCCCCUCCUUCCCUCCCUCCCGGAGGGACCGCGCUGCCCUGUGCCCAUGUGACUUUCGUGAGCCCUCAUAUCUGAUUUACUUAACAGCCCUCAGUUGUCUAACUGCCCCCAAACAACGAUUCUGUACCAACGACCCCGAACCCCUCUGCCCUACCCAGUCCCCGCCUGUCUGUCCUUCCAUCAUCCCAAGUUACCAUCUGCAGGUCUCACUUACUCUACGUUUGGCUCCAGAAAAUUAAUUUCCUGACUUAUCUUUGAACGUCCACAUUCCCUAUGCUCGCUGUCUUUAAACCGUGUCACCAAUGAGGAGACUCUGUCCAGCCACCCAGCCUGGUCCAGCCACCCAGCCCAGUCCAGUCGUGCAGGAAGAUGGAGACAACCUCAUCCCCUUUGCCAAGUGUUCCAGAGUGGUCCGCCGCUCAGCACCCCCCAGCUUGCCUCCCCAGAGCCUCGGACUGCUGCCCCAGCGAUACGGAGCCCUCUUCUGGGAGAACCUUAGCCAAAGGCCCAGCCCCACCGGGACGGAAGAACAGUACACCCCACCCCUGCUGAGAGCCACUGGAUGCUCCCAGCCUGGCCUGUACCCCCCUGAGGGGCUCCCACCACCAGAGGUGCUUUGCAGAAGAAAGAGAAGAAGGCCAUAUUUGGCAGGAAUGCAGCAGGGACCUGCGGGCAUCCCAGCCCGGGUGAGGGCAGUCACUUAUCACCUGGAGGAUCUAAGGAGGCGACAGAGACUCAUCAAUGAACAGAAGAAGGCCCAGUGGGGCAGCUCUGGGGCUGCAUCUGAGCCCCUGGCGCUUGCCGAUGACCACCGUGGAGUCCCCAGUGCCACCGAACACCGGGGUCUGGAAGAGGACAGGGCUGCCUAUCCACAGGAGGACGGCCACCUUCUCACCGCUGGCCGGCCCCAGCUGCUCUGGUCUCCCUGGAGCCCCCUGGGCCACGGGGGGUCUUGCCUCCCCAGGCCGCUGGGCUCCCUGGCCUCCUUCAGCGCUGUCACAGCCAGCAGGAAGCUCCUCUGCAAGCCCUGGGGGAUGGAGGUGCAGUCUGAGGAGUGAGGACGGACCCCAUGCCCCCGAUGCCCCAGACGCCCUCCGCUGCCCCCGCCCAGCGGGCCCCGGGCUGGUUGGCGGCCCUGGAGCCUCCCCCACUUGUGACAGCGAGGCGUUUCCCCCUCCUCAGCGUCUCCCAGCUGCCCCCACCCCCAGCACUGGGCGCUAACAGCCCCCUUGGCCUCCCUGGUCAAUCCGCUCUUCGCGGGGCUCCCCGGGGCCGGCUGCCCCCCGC